CUCGGCUCAACAUCACCUCAUCGGAUCUCGAUCUCUGAACGCCAUCCAGAACAGCGAUGAGAAAUCAUUUAUUCGUAUUCCUCGUCGUCCUAAUAUUUUCCGCCUCUCUCAAUCGGGGAGAGAAGUUGAAGCCCAAUAUCAGGCGGGCGUCCGGUUUGUUGUCCUAUCCAAGGGUCGGUCGAUCGAAUGCGCCCAUUUCGAAUCUGAAUUUCAACCGGCGUGGCAUGGAGCCGGACACAGAUUUUCAAUUUUACAGCGCCGAGUUGGACCCGGACAAAGAUUACGAAGAUUCUCCAGCUCCAAAAUCUCUCGGGAGAUCGAUGUACACCAAACACGCAGACAGAAUUCCUAAGGAAGCGUCCUGGCUAAUCUCAGAUCGUCCUCGUCCGUCCAAAGAUGGAUCUUGGAAGAUCGACGAAGGAAGAUCCAUAUAUCCGGCCGCGUUCCUAUUGAAUUCAGAUUCUCGAAACAGUCAGGUGAACGGUUACACGCCUAGACUCGGCCGGGGGAACGAUGCUGAUCGAAUUCUCUGCAAAUGAUCAUCACCGAGGAUCUUCAGGUUUCGCUUCAAUGGAAAUUCAUGCGACUUGGCCUAAUCUAUCUCUUUACCCAAUAACCAAUUAUUCGCUACUACAAUGGAGGAGGAAACUUUGUUUAAACGAGCAUAUAAUAAAAGGAUGGAUCGAUCUUUUCGUGAAAUUCAGCAAGCAUCGUUUGUAGAAAAUUUAUCGAAGUUUCCACAGUGUACACGGUAGAAUUUUCACUGA